AAAUUCUGAUUUUUCGUAUAAAAAAUUUCAUAAUUUAUUAUUAAGAUAAAAUACCAAAAUACAGGAUUAACUUUUUAUACUUUUUGCAGUUAUAUAUUCUUGCGAAGCUUGUGACUGAAGUAAUUACGAUAAAUAAUACUAGUGCCUUUACUUCAACUACCUUUUCUAUUUACACUAUCCGUGAUGCAGAAAUACGAAAAACUUGAGAAAAUCGGGGAAGGCACAUACGGGACCGUUUUUAAAGCAAAAAAUAAAGAAACUCACGAAAUAGUAGCAUUAAAACGAGUGAGGUUAGAUGACGACGAUGAAGGUGUUCCAUCGUCUGCCUUACGCGAAAUAUGCCUUCUCAAAGAACUUAAACACAAGAAUAUUGUUCGUCUUUACGACGUGUUGCACAGUGAAAAGAAGUUGACUUUAGUAUUUGAACAUUGUGACCAAGAUUUAAAAAAGUAUUUUGAUAGUCUCAAUGGUGAAAUUGAUCUUGAUGUGGUGAAGUCAUUCAUGUAUCAGUUACUCAGAGGAUUAGCUUUUUGUCACAGUCACAAUGUUUUACAUCGUGAUUUGAAGCCACAGAAUCUCUUGAUUAAUAAAAAUGGAGAACUUAAGUUGGCCGAUUUUGGCUUAGCAAGAGCUUUUGGUAUACCUGUCAAAUGUUACUCAGCAGAAGUAGUCACUUUGUGGUAUAGACCACCAGACGUUUUGUUUGGAGCUAAGUUAUAUACUACUAGUAUUGAUAUGUGGUCAGCAGGAUGCAUUUUCGCUGAAUUAGCUAAUUCUGGCCGACCAUUAUUCCCUGGAUCUGAUGUAGAUGAUCAACUCAAAAGGAUUUUUAAAUUACUUGGCACUCCAAAUGAAGAUACAUGGCCUGGAGUGACACAGUUGCCUGAUUACAAGCCUUUACCAGUAUACCAGCCUAGCUUGGGUAUCGCACAAGUUGUUCCUCGAUUACCAGCCAGGGGUCGAGAUCUUUUAGCCAGACUGCUAACCUGUAACCCAGCUUUAAGAAUGCCUGCAGAUGAUGCGAUGGCCCAUGCCUACUUCCAUGACCUUAAUCCAUCUGUGAAGAAUGACAGAUGUUAACAAUCAAUACACCCGUACAAAUGUACAUCAGAACUAUUAUUUUGUGAUAAAGACAAAGAAGUGUAGAAUUGUGACAGAGAAACUUAAGUGAUGUAUAUGUUACAGUAAAUGUAAUGAAUUGAAAUUUAUUCAUAAUUUUACCAUAACAUGUAUUUAAGAAAGUG